CAGCUGUCAACAGCCUGGUGGACCCAUACCCUGCAAACCGGCCAGAGAGGGAGCUGGGCCCCAGAGCCUGAGAGCUACUGCACUUCCUGACACCUGAAUUAUGUGAGUGACAAGCAUCAGGGCUGGAGGAGUGGGUAGAGGGAGAGGCCAGGAUAUCACCCCAGCGCAGUGUCUGACCAGAACCCCCAAGAAGAAGCGCAUGAAGAGGAGGAAAAGGGCUGUUGCUCUGAAUCCAUGGUCUGUGCUCCUCUGGCUACUAUAUAGCCCGUCUCUUUCAUUACCUGCAACUUUGAAGAUUGAUGGUCUCUGAGACAUAAGACAAAUUCUUUUGGUAGUGAGGGUAAGAGUGAAGGUGGUGGAGGUGAUGUUGGUGGUAGAAAUGGAGGUGAGAUUGUGAUGGCGAUGGAGGGAGUGAUGGUGGUGAGGUUGGUGUUGGUAGUACUGGUGAUGGUGGUGGAUGAGUGAUGGUGACGGUGAUGGGGACGGUGGUGGAGAUGGUGAUGGUAUUGGAGGUGGAGGGGAAAAUGGUGACAGUGGUGGAGGUGAUGACCUCUUGAUAGACAUGUAGCAAUAAGAUGUGCUUUACUAAGAAGGAACAAGUCCGAGGGGAAAGUAGAGAGUGCACUCAGCUCUGUGGAAAUCUAUCAGAUAUGAAUACUCAGCAGUCUACCUCAAGAGCAGUUGAGUUCAGUGAAGAAACAAAUGAUUUUAUGAUGGGAAUUAACUGGAUACCAGUCAGAGAGAAAGCCAUUCAGAAGACGGGAAGGCCCGCUUUGCUAAAAGCGGAUCCAGAAUGUGUUCUUGCCUUGUCUUGAAGGUCAAGACAAUGCCACCUCCACUUCUCCCUGCUCUGGCUGGACUCAUCUCCCAGGAGCCAAGAGCCACCCGGCAGCUCCCCUCCUGGUUGGCUCACAGCGGGACAGCCUUUCUCAGUCCUCAACUUCCUCCUCACACUGAGGUGGACAGCUGGGCCGACAGGGAGUCCCAUGGUCAUGGGCUUCAUGGCUUCCUCCAUCCAUGACCCAGCCAGGUCAUGUCAGAGCACCCCAACAGUUUGAAAGCGCAGACACUUUUACAGGCCCCAAGGUCCUCUGUCUAGAGCAGCCCCACAGUGCAGCCCCAGAGCACACCGGAGCCCCAUACUUCCAGGUCCUGCACUUCCAUCAGGAGGGUCUGAGCAGAGUCCCGUGAUCUGAUGUAUGACAGCUCCCUGCAAAUCCUUCCUCAGUGGCUACAGCACAAAGUCUGCCAGCUGCCACAUUUGGAGCCAGAGAGUCAGUCCCCUUCCAGGAUGUGUCACUAGUCAGAUAGGUCUGUGAAGCAGACCCAUGGGUGUCCCACUGGGUUUUUCAUACUUCCAGGCUGUGAAAUCCUGAAAUACAUAUAUUAGUUUCUGCCUCCAGUGUCUGCUCAUAUUUGGUCUUUGAGCCCAGUUCCCAACACAGAGCUCCUCAAAACCUUGUAAUUUCCUGGGUGAUAGGAGGCUAGGAGGAGGUGACGCUUGGUGGACUCCUGGGUGGGGGCUAGUCACCAGAAAAUCCAAGCCAUGAUUAGAAGCUUAAGCCCCAGCCGCCAUCAUCCAGAGAGGGGAAUGGAGCAAGGAAACGGGUUAAUAAUCAAUCAUGACUAUGUGAUGAAGCCUCCAUAAAAAGCCCAGAAGCAUGGGGUUUAGAGAGUUUCCAGGUCAGUGAAUACAUCCAUGUGCCAGGAGAAUGGUGCACCCCAACUUCAUAGAGACAGAAGCUCUUGCAUUUGGGACCCUUCCAAGUCCUCACCCUAUAUACAUUUUUAAUCUUUUUUUUUUUUAAACAUUUUUAUCUCUUUUUGAGAGACAAAGAGAGACAGAGCACAAGCAGGGGAGGGGCAGAGAAAGGGAGACACAGAAUCCAAAGCAGACUCCGGGCUCUGAGCUGUCAGCACAGAGCUCAAUGCAGGGCUUGAACCCACAAACCAUGAGAUCAUGACCUGAGUCGAAGUCGGACGCUCAACCAACUGAGCCACCGAGGUGCCCCUAGUCCUCACCGUAUGUAAUCUCUUUACCCAGUUGUUCACUCCUAUCCUUUAAAAUAUCCUUUGUAAUAAAUCAGCAAUAGUAAGUAAACUGUGUCCUGGGUUCUAUGAGCUUCUGAAAUACACCAUUUCAAGGGAUGACAUCCCACUAAUUUUUUUCUGGACCCAACCCAGUGCCUGAACAAACCGGCUCUAUUUCCUGGGACUGUGGCCAGCCGAGCAGCACCGCUUCCUGAAUCCUCCUUCCCCUAUCUCGCUCACUCUUGCUGCCUUGGAAUUGCAGCCCAACCCCACUUCGCUCUCACAAGGUGUUAGCACGAGAGUCAGCCCCAGGCUCUGUUUCCUAGCCUGGAAAGACAGCUACCUGUCUGUCUUCCUCCUCACUUCCAGGGAUAUAGGUAACAAGUCUGGGGGAAAAUUGAGUUGGAAGAGUACCGCCUGGGUCUGCGCUAAAGAUACAAAGGCUGAACUGGGGACGAGAUAUUACAGUGGGAAACUGUAGUGACUGAAGAUUGCCGUGAGCUGGCCCAGGCAGGCCCGUGACAAUGAUUGGAUGGGGUCAGGGGAGGAACCAAGAUAGCUGUGUUUGGGAUCUCAGCCUGAGAGGCAGCAGAGCCAUUAAUAGAAAUAGGGAAGAAGCUGGGACUUGAGCAUGGGUUUUCGGGUAAGACAGACGUGGAGUCUGGUCCAGGUUCUGCCAUUUACUAGCUGUGUGCCCUUAGGAAGGUUACUUGUAUCUCUGGGCUUCAUUUUCUCACCUUUAAGGUGGACACAGUGAUGACCUUUCCCUGUUUAAGCCAUAAAUUGAAAGAAUAUUCAGCACAGAGCCUGGGCCAUAGCAGGAGUUUGAGAAAUGAAUGUGUCAUGUCACCUUUAUUGCCUUGGCCUAGCCGCUGAGUUUCCUCAUCUGCACAGAGUGGCUGGAACUGAAUCAUGACCUCCAAGGUGCCUCUCUGCCUGACCAUCCAGGGGGAGACAGAGGGCCCCAACCCUUCCUAGGAUCACUGGCUGGUGAAACAAGGGAUGUGGGAAGCCUCCAAGUCUGUGGAGGGAGUUCCCUCGGAGCCCUGGUCGCUGCCCAUCCAGGGCCCACAGCGAGUGAGGGGACGCAGGGAGGGGACAAGGGGACCGACUUCUGACUCCUCCUGGUGCAGUGUCUCUGACUGUGAUUAGUGUGACCCCACAACAGAAUCUGAUGGAAAUGCAGAUUCCUGGCCUCACUUUGACCAGAGAAUCAGAUUCUGGGGAUGGGCCUGGCACCUGAACUUGAAUGUGCCCCCAGUGAUUCUGCUGCCUACUAACACCUGAGGUCCACCGUCAGGACCCUGAAGCCAGGAACCCAGGGUCAAGCGCAACUUCCUCCUCUCCAUGUGCUGAGCUAAAACGACCUUGGUUUAUGAGGGUUCUCCUUCCACCGGGAGCCUGAUCAGAAGCCUUUGUCUCUCUCCCCUCUCCAACCCCAGCUACCCCAGCAUGCACCCCCCUGUUUAUGUCUCCAGAAUUUCUUUGUCUCUCUCUGCCUCUCUCCCUGUGUCUCUCUCCAUGUCCAUCUUCCCGUGUCCCUCUACUUCUCCCUCUCUCCCAUACCCCUCUCAUUCCCCCCACCAUCCCUCUCUCUCACUCUCUUUGCUCCUCUGCUCCUAUUGUUCUCCCCUUCUGUCUCUCUUUACCUGUCUCUGUCUCUCAGUCCCUCUAUUUCUCUGUCUGCCUCUUUCUCUCUCUCUUGCUUUUAUGGGUUUUUCCUCUUCUCUCUGUCCCUCUGUCUCUGUGUCUCCCUAUUUGUCUCUCUCUGCCUCUGUGUCCCUAUCUCUGCCUCUGUGUCCCUGUCUCUGUCUCUCUCUGUCCCCUGUUUCUCUUUCUAUUUCUUUCCCUGUCUUCUCCCUCCCUGGAGGCCUCCCGGCUGGUGGCUGGAAACAGAUGGCUGUCAGGCCUUGGCCAGAGGCACAUGUCAUCACAGGCUCCUCCCCCAGUGGCAGCUUUUCAGCCACCACCUGGGGAGUGCAAACUGUCCUGCCACCAACAGGUCCCUGUCAUCACUGUGCUCCAGGCCUGGACCAGCCCCCAGCCCAGCCUGCCUCAGGUAACCCUGUGAGAGAAGGCAAGCUCCCUACUCCCGCUUGCUCAAUAGCCACUCCAGGGGCCAGACGCCCCGCCUCAAGGAAAGGGCAGGGGGAAGAGGAAAGCCUUGCACCAGUAGGCUUGUCCCAGUUGCAGCACGGGGAGCUAGGGGUCCUCUGUGGACACAGGCCAGCCCUGACCUCCCUCACUGAGAGAUAUGGUUAAGGCCUCCACCCUGCUCUGCGUUUCCUACCAGGAGCUGGGGGAGAAGAACCUAGGCUGGUUGGAGUGCCCUAAAGCCCCCCACCUUAUUUCUCCCAGACCAGCAGGGUGGGGCCGGAAGUGACCUUGUGCUGCCGACCUUAGGCCAGCCCUGCCCCACCUCAGUCUGCAUCAGUGUCUCCUGAGAAGCCAGGGCUCCCCACGCCCCUGUUCUGUUCCCUUCUUCCCUGGAGCAGAUCCCAAGGCAACCUGGGGAAAACCUCAGCAGCGGAUAGGGAGAAAGGGAAUGGAUGUCAUGGGAUCCCUUGUUACCGCGUGUGCCACGCAGGAGGCCAGCUGCUGACCCCAGAACAGCUGUGUCAGGCAGGAAUCAACACACCCAUUGUCCCAGAGAAGGGACACGACUCUUCCAGGGCCCCCCAGCAUCUGUGGGGGACCCAAAGUGGCUUUGUUACACACGUGCACGCACAACUGGAGUUGCUUUAAGGGAACACCCACUGCGGGGCUCUAGGAGAAUGCAGAUGAAUGGCAUGGUCUUGACAGCAGAGUCCCCGCGCACAAAUGUUCCACCGCCUGAUGUUCCUGAGAUCCCACCAAGAGGUGCACGUAUGGGGGCUGUUUCUGUCCUUGCUCCUCCCAUCCAGAGUCCCAGAGGUGCCCUGAUAAUGAGGUGAGUGGUUGCCUAUCUGAGGUUGUGUCCCAGGUUCGGGGACCAGACUGGCUCUGUUUAUAGACCAUCACGGUCGCAUGCCAGCCACGUGCUGGGCCACACUCUGCACCACCUCCCUUUGUCUUCUGCCCUGGGCAGCGGGCAUGAUUGCUGCCAGGUUACAGAUCAGGAGACUGAGGCUCUGACUUGCCUCGCAAUGCUGGGACUUGAACUCCCUCUUUCGUAGGUGACCUUCUUAGCAGGAAAGCAAAAACAGCCAGCAGGGCCUCCCCACCUUAGACCCAGGGAGGUGAAGGGGAAGGCAAAGCCCAGGGGAGGCAGGAGAGGCUCUGCUGGACUAAACUGGCCUCACAGGUGUCCAGAUGCUAGCAGAGCCGAGGGCAGGCCCUGCACAUGUGGGCUUAGGGGGAAGGCCUGAGUUUUGUAGUUUUCGUGCAUCUAGGAGGCCACUGAGCCUGGGAGCCUUUCCCGGAGCCUGCCCUUCCCUGUCCCCAGCCCCCUCCCUUCAUCCCUCCUGGCUGGACAGAGGACAGGAAGGCAGGAUGCAGUGGGAGAAGGCUGGCUCAUGUUUCCCCCCUCUCUUCCUGGCAGGGAUUACAUGGUGAGGAGGGAGGACAGCUGAGCUGGCAGGGGGGUGGCCUGGUCAUGCCGAGGGGGAAAGCUGGGGAAGAAGGACGGCUGAGGUAACUGGGCCUCAAGCAGCCACUCUCCUCACACAUCCCCCCUUUCCAGCCACUGUGGGGCCCCGGGGCCCAGCACCGAUACCUGGGUGUCUGCAUUCCCUUCCCCCAAACUCUGCUCUCCAGGGUAGGCAAGGGCAGACAGACAGCCUGACUUCAGAGAAAUGAAGACCCACAAGUCCAUAAGACACAGAGGGGCUCACGUGAAUGAGGCCUGUGUAAUUCUAGAAUCUCUAAUUUGCAGUGCCCCUCACCCAGCCCCCGACAACCCCCCCUCUCCACAAGCUCUGCAGGGGUUAGAGAGCCUCUGUCUGGUAAACUGUAGGGCCACUUCACCCCGCCCGAACCCCUCUCCCUGAGCUGUCGCUAGAGCCCGUGAUUGCUUGGGCCACCUACCUAACCAUCUGGAAAUACUCCGGCCUUGGGACAGUGGUUGUCAACACUUACAGUUACUCAUCAGGUGGUCAGGGAACAAUUUGGUGGCAUCAAACAACAAGAACUGGGUAUGGAUCCAGAAAGUGCCAGGAGCAAUAUGUCAGUGGGAAACUGUACAUCCUGGGUGCCAGAGGGGCCUGGGGCUAGGGCUCACAGACUCCUGGCUGCAGCCCUAGCAGAUGGGUGGUGAAGCUGAGCUCUCCUGCCUAGGGCUAUGCUGAGUCUCCCCAGGAGGAGAGCUCCGACCGGAAAAGUAAAGCAAAGCUGGACACUAGACUGGUGUACAAAUGCCUACAGCCCUGCCUAAGGUGCUUGGUGUGUCCUGACAGAAAGAAUCCAGAGCCAGGAAUCUUCCAGAAGGACCCUGGACCUGGCAGAACCACCGAGGCAUGCUCCAGUUCCACGUCAUACAGCCUCUCAGGACUGUCUUGGUUCCACUUCUCCCUUCAUAAGUGGAUCCGUACACUGUUUCCCGGGUCAACUAUGAGAGAGACUCAUUCAUCUCUGUGUCCUCACAACACCAGACACAAAGCCUAGAGCACAGUGUCUGGUUCCAGAUGGUAUGAAAAAAAUUGGUAAUGGAUGGAGUGGGGGCACAAAUGGGUGAACAGAUGAAUAAGUGGAUGGGUGGAACAAGUUAGAUGGAAGGGAUAGAAGAACGGGGGUGGUGGAGAGACUGAGGGGUGAUGUUCAGGUAGAGACGGAGGCAUGGGUGAACAAAUAGCUAAGUGAGAUGGAUGGAUGAGAGAGUGACUGGAUGGGUGGAGAGAUGGAAUGGAUGGACAGAUAUGAAAGACCCUGUGAAAGCAUGGAUUUGGGGUGGAUAAAUGGAUGGACAGAAGCACAUGCCAUGGCUGGCUCUAGACUGAGACAGAAAGGUACAAAGAACUCACUCUGAUGCUUUUCAUCCCAAAUCAAUGUUUUCACUGUCUCCUUCUGCUCUUGAACCCUAAAGAUGUGGUAGGGAAGGAAAGGAGUGGCUGAUAGCAGCAGGAGCCAGAUACUAUCUUCAUGGCAGCUUUGCCAAGCACUCACUCACUGAGUCCUGCCCCAGGCCACAGGCAUCGUGGUGCUCAGAGCCACAGGACUGGAGAAAGGCUGAGGACACCCUUGCCCCUCCCUGGCCACUGCCACCAGUCUCACCCACCCCAGAAGAUGCUGCACAGAAGGGGACUGACUGUGUGAGCAGAGCUUUGAGUGUCCUCAUGCUCAAUACCAAAGGCUGGAAACUUGCCAGUUUCACUUCCCAGUCUGCCUCUCCCCCAGCACAAACUUGCACACUGGCCCACGCUGAGGUUUGGCUGGAAGUGGCUUCUACGCUGCCCUCGCUAAGCCCAGAGAUCUUGAGAGCAACUGUAUCACCUUCACUGCCUCAUCCCAGUGAUAGAGCUCCUGACACAGAGUUGGCAUAGAAAAAAAUGUGGUUAAAUAAAAUGGAUAAAGAGUCUUAGACAUGACUGACUAUCAUUUGGGAAAAGACCAAUGUAAUACAAAACAGUGGUAGACCUUGAUCUAGCUUGAAGCCCAGCUCCCCUAUUUCCCAUCCAUGUGGCCUUGCACAAAUAUCUGCACCUCUCUGAACCCGCAUUUCCUCCUCUGUGAAAUCGGGAUAGUAGUUGACACCUGCUCAACUCUCUUCUGAGGUUGCAAGUUUUCCUUCGGGAAUGGGCUUCUCAUCUGGUCCUUCCCAGUCACCCCCACCGGGGAGGCUUGAUAGCCAAGCCCCAAAGCUGAAUCCCUCCUGCCCCACCUGGUCACCCAGAGGGCAGAGCAGAACGUUUUGGGAGGGGACGUGCAGGCUGCAGGAGGUAAGCAUGUUCCACUUUCCGGCUUCUCUAACUGGAGCUAUGCAUAAUCACCCUGACCUCAAUCUUUCUUGGUGAAUUAUGGAAAAAGAGUUCUCAGAAAAUGAGGCAUGUGCAAAAGUUCCACUAGGCUCCCUGUCCUCCCCCUCAUUUCACCCUUCCCAACUUAAUAAAGACCAUGGCUUAUUAGCUGUUCCUAUCCAGCUCUCCUUGUCCUGUGCCUGCACACGUGAGACUAAAAAUACCCGUGGCUCCUAUUAGAGGCUCUGCCCCAGGGACAGGCAAGGCUGGAGUCCGAACUGACACUAGAAACUCGUUCCCUUGUGCCCCCUGGGAUCCAGGCCACGGCACCUGUCCCGUUUGGGGCAGAUGGGCACCAACCUCAUUCCGACAGUCCCCAGGGGUCUUCAGGGAUGAUCAAAAGGCUGUUCUGACUUCAUUUGCGUUUUUGUUCAGACACUCCAGAGCUGUCUCCUGUGACCCUCCUCACCACCUCAUUAGACAACCUCCCACCACCCAGGUGUGAGGGCUCUCUCCCAGGGGCACAUGUCACUCAGAGCACUGGCUGGGGCCCUGCAAAAGCGGCUGGCCCAAACCUCAGCCUGCCAGCAGAAACGACAUCUGUGCCCCUUUUCACUAACACACGCAGAACGGCAAGCGUGUUAGGUUUGGCAUGAGCCCUGGGCCCACGUAGAAGCCAUUGGUGGCUCACUGAGAAAACUGCACGAACUCACUUCUUGAUCCUGUUUCAGCAUCAAUAAAAUGGGUGUAAAGGCAUCAGCCCAGCCCCAGGGCACUGUGAGGGCUACAUGAGUUCAUGGAAGAAAAACGCAGACUUCUGUACAGAAGUAGCUGACUACCAAGGGACAAACUCUGAAGCGUCAAGUCCGCUUCAGAGGACCUUUCGUUUCCAUCAGGGAGGCGGAUCGAGGAAUAUGCGAGGGGCAUUUCAAUAGCUCGGCAAUAAACACUUGGGGAAGCUGAAGAGGUAAUCUCUCCAUGGGCUUUCAUGUGCCACUGGAUACCUCUGUUGGCAUGGCUGAGAUAUUUUGGAAGUGGUGAUGAGAGACAAAUUGAUUUUCAUCAUCUCCAUCCACAGGAAAAGGCCAAGAAUGCCAUAGUGUAUAAAGACUCCAAAACUCAAAUGACCUGGAAUUUGGGAGGUAGUGCUCCCCAUGUUUACACAUCGUUAUGUGCAAGAAGAUGGGAUUGUAAUAAGCUACAGACAGAAAAAUAGGGAAAAUCAAUGAAGGUGUCACGGAUGGAAAUACUGAAACAGGCUGACCGGCCGAUCAGGGAGAGACAUGCCAAAAAGGCUGAGAAAGGGAAUUGUGUUUAACAGAAAAGUCACAGCUUAUGGCUCCUGAUUGGGGCAGGGUGGAGGCGGCUGCAUGGGACUGAGCAGGGCUGUUAGAACCAAGCACUCCCCCAAAUUCAUGCUCCAGAUGGCUCUGUCAGCAGUGGGAGAAGGUGCCUUUAGAGCUGCUUGUCCUCACUUAACCUCCUUCUCUUCCAUCUCGUGAUGGUCAGAGAAAAAGGCACAGCAGAGCAAACGCUACAAAUCUACGGGAGGCUGGCGCACCUCUGGGCUAAAGGGAGAAAUCUUGGCUGACUGGGAGGGUUCGUUCUGUCUGAUUUGAUUCAAACAUUUAUUGAGCACCUCCUGUGUGCAAUACACACAGGAGGCUCAAGUCUGAUAGAGGGACAUGGGAGGGGACUGAAGAAUGAGGAAGACCGUGACCUGGCCCUCGAAGAGCUUAACAUGGUCUAAGGCCAGGCCAUGACUUCAUCAUACACUUUGCUAUGAAACAGGAAAGACCUGCCGUAGUUUGGGAGAGUAUUUUUUUUCAAACCUUUAAAUGUCUGUGCCAUUCCAGUAGGAAAAAGAAAAUGAGGAUGGUUAAAAAGCACCACAGAGAGCUGGCAUUCUCUAGGAUCUCCAAGAACUGGGGUAAUCAGGCAGGCUUCAGGGUGGAGGUGAGGGCUGGUGUCAGACUUCAAAGGAUGACUAGACUGUACUUGCCAGGAAUGUCCAAACAGGUAUUUUGGGAAGAAGUGACAACAGUAACAAACUCAGAAGUGGGACUGAGCCAAGUCAGGCUGGUCAAGACACCACAGGAAGCCUAUACCAGCUUUCAAAAAGGUUUGCGGGAAAGGCGUCUGUCUGGUCCCCCAUGUAACAGUUUGCCCAUAUCAGCAGAAGCCAGGGUGUGAAGAGGCUGGGAUGUGGUCUGUGCUCUUUACCAAUGUGCCCCCACUCUCUUUGUGCCCCUUCCCCACUGCACCAAUGGAGAAAAGCAUGUCAUGUCUACAAACUGCCUGCUAAAAGCCUUUCAUGUACUGGUUUUGUCUAUUACAUCUCUAUAGAGAAGAGAAAAACUUACCUCCCGGGAUUUCUAGAGGGGUGAAAAAGUUAUGACUGGUGAUCCCCCGAAGAACCACUAAGCCUUUGGCAAAAUGAAAAUGUGAGUCAGAACACACCCUUUCUGGUGAAAGCCUCAUCUGCCAGAAGCAAGCCUCUCCCUGUCAGCCACUCACCAUCUCCAAGACAGCUCAGGGCUCAGAACCAUCCGGACAACUGAUGAAUCCCAUCUUCAAGCAAAGGUGUGGAAGCAGUGUGGAUAAUGGAGGAUAACGGCAAAAAUACAACCAUUUUGACUGCUCUUUGUCUUUGGGUCUCCUGAAGUUUCCAAGUCAUUGUGAUGAAAAUUAUUAAAGGUCUGCCCAAGAACGGAGACAUCCCCUGAUUUGUCAGAUCCUAAGACAAGGAUGCAGAUGACUUCAUUAGGUCAGAAUGUGGAAGUCCCUGAAUUCCAUGUUAUUCAAGACCGUGGCAGGAUGGAGAGGCCAGCAUGUUAAGGAAAGCCUAGAAGCAGAGAGGUCAGAUAGAUGUGUUUGGGGAGUAGUGGGCAUGGCUAUGGCUACAGCAUGUGUGGGUUGGCAGGGAAAGUAGAAGAGGUGAGUCUAUAGAAGGAGGCUGGACCCAGGGUGUAAAUCACAGGCUGAGGGUCUGUUCUCUGUCCCAUCGGUUGAGGGGGGGUUUGAGCAGAAGACAUAGACCCUCUGAAUAAUACCUCAUAGCCUCCUUCUCUCCUGCUUCCCCUCCGCUUUCCAGAUACAUCCAAAUGCCUUCCUGUGGCAUCCUCCUCUCAGCCAAAACAAGUAGUGUAGAUGAGAGGAUGGGUCGACAGAGUCUAGGGCUGAGGGGAACAUGAAGACUGAGGAGAGCAUCUCAUCUUUCUGCCCAUGCUGCUGGCAGGGAGCAGCUGUGCAGGCCCAAGACACCAGCUACUGGACUGAGAGCCAUGGGUGGGAACAUGUGGAGAGUGGGUCCAGGUUCUAGGCAGCAUCAGGAUCCAGGAGCAACAGCAUUUUCCAGAGAAGUCAAGGUAACACAGCCCCUAUUUCAUGGGUUGGUUCCAAAGCAGUGUUUUCACUGCAUUUUUGUCACUCAGGAAACAUUUAUCAGCAUCUGGACAUGCUCUGGGUUCUUACAACAGGGAAGUGGGUGCUACUGGCAUCUAGGUAGAUCACAGGGAUGCUGCUAAGAAUCAUCCAAUGCACAGGACCACCCCUCCCUCAACAACAAGGAACUCUAUGGCCCCAAAUGUCCAUAGUGCCAUGGAUGAGAGGCUCCUCUCUAAAGGAUCUGUCUUCAGACAUCCUGGAGGGGCAGGAGGCCCCCAGACCAGCUUCCUGGACCUCUGGGUAAUACAACCCCACAUCAUCUCCUGCUUCAGAGGCAGCUCUGGAAUGGGAUGUCAUGUGAGCAAGCUCCUCACAGUGACGCUCUCCAGCUGGGGAGUAAGGAACAAGGAUGGGAAUGCAAAUUUCAGGCAAGGGGGCUUCAGCUCCCUUGACCUUCCCACUCGGCCCCAUUGAGUAAUGAGAGGUGCUGCACAGAAGCUUCUGUUGGGACCUACACCCUUGAAGGAGGUACACGGUGCUUUCUCAGGUCAGAUGGGGGAUGCCACCUAGGCAAUCUCUAAGACUCCAGGAACUUUGAAGAAUCCAUUGUUCUUACUUCCCUAGCCAUCUAGAAAACAAGCCUCAGCCAGCCUCCCAGGUGUGUGUGUGUGUGUGUGUGUGUGUGCGCGCGCGCGCAUGGGCAAACACAUGCAGGCAGGACAGCAAGGGACAGGACUCACUACAUGAGGAAACAUGCCUUGGGAGUUACCCACCUACGCCAGUCCCGCAGCUCAGCUCUCUUGGGACUGCAAUUCAACACUGUCAGAAACCAGUGACAUCUCCUUCCUCAGAUGCCCAGUGGGCGAGGGGUAGUGGUGACGCAGCAAGGCGCUGGCCUUUACUGGCAGACAAACUGUGAGUCACAGUCCGCGGACAAACAUCUUCAGAAUCUGAGGGUAGAUCUGUGUGUCCCCCACCCCCCACUGACUUGUCACCUCACCUGUCCUUUUCCUCCCCCCUUAAAAUCAAGUAUGAAUGACAGCUACCAUUGCUGCGCGCCAGACACCUCAAAUACACGUUCUCACAACAGCCCUGUGAGAACUCGUAUCAUGCCAUGACAGAGGUGGGGAAAUGGAAGGAAAUGGCUUGUCCACAGUCACACCGGCAGCGAGUGGCCAAGCUGAGACUGGAACCUAGGCCUACACAGUAGGGUCUGCCUCCGAGGGGGAGGCGGGGGCUCUCAGGAACCACACUGCAAGGUAGGGUCAUCACACUCCAAUACGAAGGGGCCCAGAGCAAAGGCUUCCGGGUGCACGACAUUUAUUAAUGGUGGAAACUUAAGUUAGGGGACUGGCCCAGGUUGGGUGGGCCCACCGUGCCAAGGGCUAGCAGGCAGAUGCCGCUGUAAACACUCCUGAGACCCAGAGCCAAAGGGCCUGUUGCUGCUGCUGGCUGGGCAGGCCGGGCCCCACUAAAAAUAGAUGGGUUCUCAGGUCCAGCUCCCUGAGCACAGCAGGCAGGCUGCUCCCUGCACCAGCCUCCUCCUCUGCCCCUCCCCCCUUCCCCAAGGAGCAUGAGCCAGGCUUCUAGAAGGAACAGAGAUGUUAAGACUUUCACCACAAGCCAGAAAGAACUGUUAAGUUGAUGCCCAGUAGUCAUGUUCCAAGUUCUGGUGCAGCCAUAAUCGCAGAGGUCCAGACCCCAACACCCUACCCAUCUCUCUCUUAUAGAGGAAGCCAUCAACCUCCAAAACCCACCCGGGGAAGGGAAGGAGCGGGGCCACCCCGUGCUGCUUUUCCUUUUCCCGAAUUUACUCUCACUGUUGACAGCACCGUGAGAUUUCUGCGUUCGCCGAAGGCUCCGGAGAAGGUCUACCUCGGGCCCUCCCGGGAAUCCCGGGACCAGCUGCGGAGACCAGGCAGCGCCCGGCCGGCGGGAGAAGGGCUCUGGAGCCUGGGACGAGCGCUCCAAGCGCACGGGGUAGGAGGCGCUAGAGCCUGUGGCUGUGCCGCCCGCGGCCUGCGUGCAGGUCAGGGCUCGGCCCGGGAUUUCCUUUCAAAGGUGACUUAGAGCGGCUUCGUUAGGGUAGCGCCCUCCCGGGCGGGCCCUAAUGGCGUGUUUGGCAGAGUCAGCGAAACGCGGCGCCCAGCGGCUCGGCGGCGGGGGAGCGCCCUCUCCCGCGCCCUCGCGGUCUCCCGCGCCGGCCAGCGGCGCGCACGGGGCCAUUUGCAGUGCAGGCAGCCUCGAGAGCGGCCGCGGCGCAACGGCGGGGAGCGAGGCGGCACCAUGGAGCUGAAGAAGGACAGCAACGCCGUGUCCAUCGACAUGCUGUUGAUCGUGCACUCGGAGAAACGGCGCGCAGCGCACGGCACGCACUCGGACCGGCAGGCGGACCCGGGCGCGCUGCCGCAGCGCAGAGGAGGACUCCAAGGUGUCGGAAAUGGAAUCCGGAGAUGGCAGAAAUUCGAAGGAAAUGACGUGCAUGGAAACCUGGCGGAGAAACAGCACCCUCAGACCCAGGUCAUCACUUCCUAUGACAACCAAGGGACACAGCUGACUGUGGAGGUCCACCCUCGAGAUGCCAUGCCCCAGCUGCUCAAGAAGUUCUCCUUGGCUAAACGUUUACAAGGUGAUAAAAAUGGAAACACAAGACCCCGGCAGCCUGGAGCAAAAGAUGCCCAUGUUUACCCCUGGGAUCGGUCCAGCCUGAAAUCCAUGCCCCUGGACCUGCAGGAGUUUGAGAAACUGGACACGUAUGCCUCACAGGUGACAGUCAAGAGUGGCCUGGACGAGCUGGUGAGCGACCUGCUCCAGGAGGCCCACAGUGACCUGGAGAGGGUCCGCGUGAUCUGGAUCUGGAUCUGCCACCACAUAGAGUAUGACAUUGAGGCUGCCCAGGAGAAGGACCGCCAGGCCUUCAAGCCCACUGACAUCCUGCGGACCCAGAAGACCAACUGUGACGGCUACGCUGGACUCUUUGAGAAGAUGUGCAGGAUCGCUGGAGUGCAGUGCAUGACCGUGCCUGGCUACUCCAAGGGCUUUGGCUACCAGACAGGACAGAGCUUCUCCGGGGAGUUUGACCAUGCCUGGAAUGCUGUGUACCUGGAGGGGAGAUGGCACCUGCUGGACAGCACCUGGGGCAGUGGCCUGGUGGACUCUGCCACCUCCAAAUUCACCUUCCUCUACAAUGAAUUCUACUUCCUCACCCAUCCUGCACUGUUCAUCGAGGACCAUUUCCCAGACAACAAGAACUGGCAACUGCUCAAACCUCCUCAAUCUCUGAAGCAGUUUGAGAACAACAUGUACCACAAGAGUGAAUUCUACAACAAAGGGAUGCUGAGUGCCCACCCAGAGACUUCGGUGAUCAAAACAGUGAACGGGAAGGCCACUGUCACCGUUGAGAGCUGCGCCCCCACGCUCUUCAUGUUUAUGCUCAAUGGCAAGCAGGAGCAUGGGCUGCUGAGCCUCAGGAAGAAUGGGAUGAAGCUGGACAUAUACCCUCCAACCGUGGGCACCCACAAGCUGCAGAUCUUUGCCAAAGGCAAGUCUGACAUCUACAGCUCGGUGCUGGAGUACACGCUCAAGUGCAACUACGUGGACAUCGGCGUCCGGCUGCCAGCUGAGCUGCACCAGCCCGUGGGCCCCAGCUGGUUCUCGGAGCAGAUGGGCAUCAUGAAGCCCUCCCACCCCGACCCCAUCAUCCACACCAGCGACGGGCGCUGCUCCGUCAGCUUCGGCGUGGAGGAGGGCAUCAGCGUCCUGGCUUCCCUGCACGGGGACGAAGGCCCCAUCACCGAGGAGACGCAGCGGCGCUACAUCUUCCAGACGCAGCGGGAGAAGCGGGCAGAGCUCAAAGUCCAGUUGCCCCAGGCCGGCAAGUUUGCCCUCAAGAUCUUUGUCAAGAAGAGGCUGGAGCCAGGCAACUAUGUCUUCGUCUUCAAUUAUCUCCUGUGCUGCACCAACACCAAGGUGAACUGGCCCAUGUUCCCCGAGAGCUUUGGCAACUGGGGGCAGGACAAUGAGCUGCUGGAGCCUCUGUCGGGCGUGCUUCCUGCCAACCGGAACGUCCCAUUCAAACUGAAGCUACAUGGCAUCGCCAAAGCCCUGGUGAAGGGGCAGGACACGUGGCCCCUGACCCUGAAUCAAGAGGGCUACUGGGAGGGCAGCUGCAACACGGCCGGCUGCCAGGAAGUCUAUGUCAUGGUGCUGGAGAACGCCAACCACAAUUUCUACUCCUACAUCCUGAAAUACAAAGUGAACGCCCAGUGAGGGCCGGCACCCCGGCCACACCCUCCCAGAGGGCCGAGGCCACACUUGCCCGGCCCAACGGGAAGUGCAGAGAGCCCUGGACACCGAGUCUGCAUGAAAUCACUUCUAGGCCUCUGCCCCAGUCUCUCCGCUCUGCCGCGGGAGCUGUGAUGCUUCUGUUCUGAUGGCUGCACUCGGUUGUGGCGGUGGCCAAGGGGACUGAGGCAAAGGCCCUUUAGAAGAAAAAGGUGCUAUGUAAAUCCAAGGUAUUGUAAACUGUACACCCCUGCC